CUCGUGUUCUUCAUUCUGUGUUCUGACUGGAAGAGCUGUCACUGUACGAGGGUAGUCACCGGCGCGUUCACUUGUUGAGUCCACAACAGCGUUUACGGUUACUAUAAGCUAUUUAAAGAGGGUAACAACAUGGCACACGCUUUGGUCAAACGGGAAUCCGUCGACAGUGAAAUGCAUAAAGCCGGAGACCAAAGUAAAACAUUCGUUUACACGAAGAAGAGGGGAUAUGACGUUACACGUAAUCCCCACCUGAACAAGGGCAUGGCCUUCUCCCUUGAGGAGCGUCUCCAGCUGGGCAUCCAUGGCCUUCUGCCUCCAUGCUUUCUCAGCCAGGACGUCCAGCUCCUCCGGGUGCUCAAGAACUAUGAGAUGAAGAAGGAUGACCUGGACAGAUAUGUGUUUCUGAUGGGGCUCCAGGACAGGAAUGAGAAGCUCUUCUACAGGGUGCUGACAUCAGACACAGAGAAGUUCAUGCCCAUUGUUUACACCCCCACCGUGGGCUUGGCCUGCCAGAUGUAUGGCCUGGCUUUCAGGAGACCUAGGGGGCUUUUCAUCACCAUCCAUGACCUUGGUCACAUCUCCACGAUCCUCCAGAGCUGGCCAGAGAAGGACAUACGGGCAGUGUGUGUGACUGAUGGAGAGCGGAUCCUGGGACUGGGGGACCUGGGCUGUUACGGGAUGGGCAUCCCCGUGGGCAAACUGGCACUCUACACAGCCUGCGGAGGCAUGCCACCCCAGCAGUGUUUGCCAGUCAUGCUGGAUGUGGGCACGGAUAAUGAGGAACUGCUGAAAGACCCUCUGUACAUUGGGCUGAGACACAAGAGGAUACGAGGCCAGGCCUAUGAUGACCUUUUGGAGGAGUUUAUUAAGGCAGUGUCGGACAGGUAUGGAAUGGAUUGUCUCAUUCAAUUUGAGGAUUUCGCCAAUUCCAACGCCUUUCGGCUGCUGAGCAAAUACCGCAAUCAGUAUUGCACAUUCAAUGAUGACAUCCAAGGUACCGCGGCAGUGGCAGUUGCCGGCCUACUUGCUGCACUUCGUGUCACCAAGACCAAGAUGUCGGACCAUACCAUUGUGUUCCAGGGUGCAGGGGAGGCCGCAAUGGGAAUAGCUGAUCUUGUGACCAUGGCAAUGCAAAAGGAAGGCCUGACAAAAGACGAAGCUCUGACAAAGAUCUGGAUGGUUGACUCCAAAGGCCUCAUCGUCAAGGACCGGGAUCAUCUUACCUUUGAGAAGGAGAGAUUUGCCCACAAGCAUAAGCAGAUGAGGAACCUGGCGGAUGUGGUACAUGAGCUCAAGCCUACGGCCAUCAUAGGUGUGGCAGCCAUCUCAGGAGCUUUCACGGAGCAGAUCAUUGCUGACAUGGCGUCGUUCAACGAGAGGCCAAUCAUCUUCGCCCUUAGCAACCCCACUAGCAAGGCAGAGUGCACUGCUGAGCAGUGCUACACCAUCACUGAGGGGCGGGGCAUUUUUGCCAGUGGCAGUCCGUUUGACCCCGUGACCCUGCCUGAUGGGAGGAAGUUCUUCCCUGGCCAAGGCAACAACGCCUACGUGUUCCCUGGUGUCGGACUGGGGGUCACCGCCUGUGCAAUUCGAAACAUUAUAGACGAGAUCUUCCUCACCACUGCGGAGACCAUUGCUGAGCUAGUGACAGACGCCGAUCUGUCGGAGGGAAGACUGUACCCUCCUCUCAACACCAUUAGAGAUGUGUCUCUCAAGCUGGCUGUAAAGAUAGUGGAGUAUGCCUACGAGCACAAAAUGGCGACACUGCACCCAGAGCCGGAGGAUAAGGAGGCUUUCGUGCGGUCCCUCAUUUACAGCACCGACUACGACGAGUUUGCCGUGGACUCUUAUCGUUGGCCAGAAGAUGCAAUGGCAAUCCAGUCCUGCAAAAUCUGAUGCGGUGGAGAGACUGAGGGCGAAGGAAAUAGGGCACAUGUGAAAAUGACUGAAAAUCAGGGUCCACUGAGAGGAAGGCUACAGACAUAGAUUACCAUUAAGGCCAUGAUGAUUGUGGUUUCGAUGUGAAAGUGAUAACAUAUUUAUACAUGUGAUGGCUACAAGCCAAAAAUAAA